CAGACUCGUAUUACAAUGAAGAAACCAGAGCGACUGUAUCAAGCCCUCGAUCAAGUCCGUCUAGAAUAAGUAAAAGCAAGAAAAGGCAAGGUCCUAGAUUUACCCCAAGUCCUGGUUACCGAAAAUCUAAAAGGAAAAUUGUGACCUCUUCAGGUAGUAUUAUAUUUUAUUAUAUAUUAUAAUGUUAACAUUGUUGUCAUUGCAUAUCUGCAUAUCCGCAAUGAUCGAUUAUUAUAAAUGAACUUUUGUGGCAGAGUCUAUAUUUUGUCGCACAUGUUUACAGUCGAACCUGUAUUAAGCGGUCACCCUCGGGGAUUUCGCAAGUGACCGCUUAAUACAGGUUGACCGCUUAAUACAGGUCUUGUAGAAAAUCAUCACACGGCUUAAAUAUAACAUUUAAUAUAACUAAAUUUGAACUAAACAGUAAUAUAUUUCAAUACACAUACCAAGUAACCAAUUAACAAGUAUAUAAAACUGCAAAUUGUUUCUGAAUUGUUUCUGAGUUGCAUGUACUACUGCACAAUAAAAAUGUCAGAGCCUAAACCGCUGAAAAAUAGUCAUGAAUUUUAUGUUUUGUUGUUGCGGACUGCUCAGUUUAAUUUGACUCAACAAGCCAUUCACCCAUUUGCUGUAGUUACUUUCCACUGACCGUUUAAUACAGUUUCAAAACAAUGAAAAAUUAAGCUUGGGACCGUGGAAAGAUGACCGCGUCCGCUUAAUAGAGGUGACCGUUCAAUAAAGGUCACUUAACUAGUAUUUAUAUUAUGAAAUUUUCGGGACUUUGCCACAUGACCGCUUAACAAAGGGUGACCGCUUAAUACGGUGCCGCUUAAUACAGGUUCGACUGUAUUAUGAAUCACUGCACAAUUUCUGGCACAAUCAUUUCAUGAAACCUAACACAUUAAAUGUUCAAUCCACGUUGUACAUUUGAAAUGGAUUAGUUUUAUGACAUUAAGUAAAUAAGAAAUCUGUUUUCAAUAAAGUGCAAAGAAACACAACAUCAUUAUUGAUAAAUAAACUUGAUUGGAUCAGUGGUGGAUCCAGGAGGGUUUUUUUUUUUGGGGGGGGUGCUGGCCCUGCUAUGUGAGCUGCGGGUGGCCAUUGAGCUGAUACAAUAUAAAUUAUAACGAUGGAUGUUUACAGCAAAAUUCAGAAUAUUUAAUAUUAAUAUUUGCUAUUGUGAACUAGUGCUACCAGCUGCCUUGGAUUCUUAACUUAAGUUGGUUAGAAUUAGAAUAAACUUAGGAUAAAGAGGGGGUGCACACCCCCCUGCAACCCUACCACUAAAUCCACCACAACGAACUCCAAGUCAUCAAUAGAUCUGAUGUAUAAUUAUAUUUCUUACAUUCAUCCUCAAUUUAUUUCAAAUGAACCUGCUUCAUUCCACCAUGUUAUGGGGGUUAUUAUGCCAAUUGGCUCAAAAUUUAAACAGGUUUUAUUUUGUACACAUUAUUUUUUGUAUUCAUUAAAUUUCAAUAUUUUCUCUAUUGUAUAGUUUGUUUAUUUGAUGCUGUCAAGAGGAAUUUUGUUUUUCAAAUUGGUAAUUGUAUACCUCAGACAGAAGUGGAGCUUCAGCUAGAAAAAAUUGUUGGUCAUAAGAUCACUAAACAUAAAAUAUUUGAUGCUGUGCAAACACUCGGUAAAAUUGAAAAGAAGACAAUCCGUGUUGGUGACCAAAAGGAUGGAUGUGACAAUAGAAAAAGAUUGUAUCCUAGCUAUAAUAUAAUACAUUUGUUAAACUGUAAUAUUACGUCACACACUUGCACUUUCUUAAUUUACUUUAUUAAAUUAACUUCUUUUAAAUUAAUUAAUUAAUUAGUCAUAGUUAAUAUAGUGUACAACUUUCUGCUGAUUUCCUUAACAACCUAAUAUAGAACUGUCUUGGUGAACAUCUCAAGAAUAUCAAAACAAUCUGCUUCUCAUAUAUGGCAUAAUAUUUAUGGCUCUCUUGCACAAAUUCAACCAAAUUUGGGUGCUGACAUAGUAACAGCUAUUCAACAAACUGUUUUGGAAAAUGUUACACCACUCAUUGAAGAAAAUUUUGAUUUAAAGCAACAAUUAAUGUUUUCUGCCAAAGAGGAUUCAGCAACAAACAUGAAAAAUGGAAAAGCAAAGUCCAUUAAACGAAAUUUAUUUUCUGAUAGUGACAAAACACAUGAUACUGAUGACCACUGUGACUCAACUGGCAAUAGCAAAGAGCGUAAGCCGCCGUCCCACAAUGAUCAGGACCAAUUAAAAUUUGAUAAGCAAGCCCUGGAAGUAGAACUUUUGGAAUUUCAGAAGAUAUGUCAAUUUACAGUCGUGGAUGACAGAAAGUGA